ACAUCCUCCUCAGGGAAGCUGGAGCUAGAGGGAAUGGGCCCUGGGAGCCUCAGACAUCCUCCUCAGGUGUUGUUGACCUUCAGGGAUGUGGCUGUGGACUUUACUCUGGAGGAGUGGGGCCUCUUAGAACCUUCUCAGAAGGACUUGUAUAAGGAGGUCAUGUUGGAGAAUGUCUGGAACCUGCUCUCCGUGGGACUUCUAGUUCCCAGAGAAGAUGUGAUUUCUUUUUUUGAGCAAAAGGAAGCCCCAUGGAUACUGGACCAGGAAGAUCUGAGGAGCAGCUCGCUAGGUGAGUGAGGUGAAAGCAGGGAUAUGAAAAUUGUGGUUACAAGAUGCUUCUAGGAAUUACCAUGAAAUAAAUAUUAGGUCUUAGUCAGAAACACAAGCCUUGGAAUUCUUCUUCUUCUUCUUUUUUUUUUUUUUUUUUUUUUUUUUUUUGCUUCCUGGGCUAUUCACAGAAUUUUAACUUUCCAACUAUAAAAUGAGUGAGUUGUACUCCAUGGUCUUGUAAGUGAUCAGCUGUCAUCCUAUGAGAAGUCAUUGUUUGGGAUUUGAGACCAGGAAUUCUUCUGAAAGUGUGAAAAGGGCACUAAUCAGUCAAAAAUUUUUGUUAGUUAUUAUUUAAAAGAUUUAUAUUUCUAUUAGCUCAUGACAAGUAUUGCAUUAAAUGGCAAAUCUAUUCCAAGGUCAAUUACAAAUACUGCUUUAGGUUGGGUCUCUUUUUUUUUAAAUAAUGUUUAAUAUACAAAAUAACUUUUAAAAUGAUAGUAUUUCUUCAGGUAUUACUUUGCUUUUGCUGCCUCUGGUAAAGUGGCAACACUAUCACUGAAACUUUACUGAAUGACCAACCCACGCAUGCCCAUUUACAGGAUAAGGAUUCCAGUCUCAGCCACUGGAAUCUGGACCAAGUCCCUCAAUCAUUCUUAGUAGAUGGCCUGAGCUGUGCACAUAGUGAGAAUGAAGGUACUUUCUAUGUUGUUGCCGGUUUACAGUGAGGGUCCAAUGUAAUUAUGCAUGAAGCUCAUUGGCUAUUAAAUCAUCCUUGGGAUGUAAGCUAAUAGGAUUUUUAAGUGAUUGAUUUGGUCCAUUUAAGAUUUUUCUCUUUGCCCGGGAAAAUCAGAAAUAACUGUUUCUGUUUUACUUUUGGAGAGAAGGGAAAAUAAAUAUAUGUGUGUGACUGU